UGUCCGCCGCAAUCAACUUGAAAAGAAAACCAAAAUAUGGAGCUUGACUUGGAAACUAUGGCGGCUUCAAUCGGUGUAUCGGUGGCCGUGCUCCGAUUCCUCUUGUGUUUCGUGGCCACCAUUCCGGUGAGUUUCCUGUGGCGAUUUGUUCCGGGUAGACUUCCUAAGCACGUUUACUCAGCUUCUUCAGGCGUGUUGCUCUCCUAUUUGUCGUUUGGGGUCUCCUCGAAUCUGCUUUUCUUGGUGCCCAUGCUCUUGGGUUAUGUCGCCAUGGUUCUUUGUCGCCCCAAGUGUGGGAUUAUCACAUUUUUCUCAAGUUUCGGUUACUUGAUUGGCUCCCAUAUAUAUUACAUGAGUGGGGAUGCGUGGAAGGAAGGAGGCAUUGAUGCUACUGGAGCAUUGAUGGUGUUAACAUUGAAAGUCAUUUCAUGUGCAAUAAAUUACAAUGAUGGGUUGUUGAAAGACGAAGACUUACACGAGGCUCAGAAGAAAAAUCGGUUGAUUAAGUUGCCCUCGUUAAUUGAAUACGUCGGGUACUGCCUAUGCUGCGGCAGUCACUUUGCUGGUCCAGUUUUUGAGAUGAUGGACUACCUUGAGUGGACCGAAGGGAAGGGGAUUUGGGCUCAUUCAGAUAAAGGGCCAUCACCAUCACCUUACGGGGCAACUCUCCGAGCAAUUGUACAAGCUGUUAUAUCCAUGGCAGUGUAUCUUUACCUUGUUCCGUAUCAUCCCUUGUCACGGUUCAGUGAACCUAUAUACCAAGAAUGGGGAUUCUGGAGGAGGUUAAGUUUCCAGUAUAUGUCUGCCUUUACUGCGAGAUGGAAGUACUAUUUUAUCUGGUCCAUUUCAGAGGCUUCCAUUAUUAUAUCUGGCCUGGGUUUCAGUGGCUGGACGGAAUCUUCACCACCAAAACCAAAAUGGGAUCGGGCAAAGAAUGUUGACAUCCUAGGGGUUGAGCUAGCAAAGAGUUCAGUGGUGUUACCACUUGUCUGGAACAUACAAGUCAGCACCUGGCUUCGUCACUAUGUUUAUGAGAGACUAAUUAAAAAGGGGAAGAAACCUGGUUUCUUCCAGUUGCUGGCCACGCAGACCAUCAGUGCUGUUUGGCAUGGACUAUAUCCUGGGUACAUGCUGUUCUUUAUUCAGUCAGCUUUGAUGAUUGCUGGUUCAAGAGUUAUUUACCGAUGGGAACAAGCAAUUCCUACAAAUAUGGGUCUAGUGAAGAAAGUACUUGUCUUCGUCAACUUUGCUUACACACUGCUGGUUCUGAACUAUUCUGCAGUCGGUUUUCUGGUAUUGAACUUGCGUGAGUCGCUUGCUUUGUACGGGAGUGUAUAUUAUAUUGGAACCAUAGUUCCAAUAACAUUGAUUCUUCUUGGUUAUAUAAUACCAGCAAAGCCUGCCAGAUCUAAAGCUCGUAAGGAUCACUGAGACUAAACCCAGAAUUUCAUCUUUGAUUGGAGUUUUGUAACGUUUGCUUUGUCUAGCAUGUUAAAAUUUGUAUGGAACAAGCAUUUCUGUGUUUGAAGGUACUCGAAUGAGACGGAUUGGUCAACUCCAAGCACCAAGAGGAGUGAGUAUUUGAUCGACUUGAAUUAAAAUAUUCAAGUUAAUCGAGUUGACUAGUCUUAUUUUAUAAUUCAGUUGAAUUGUUUGAGUUUCUGUUUAAAUUUUAUUGUAAACAUCUAUAAUGUUACAAUACUAAUUGACUCUAAUUUAAACGAGUAUAUAUAUUUGGGGA